AUGGAUAUCGGUGGCCUGACGACAGUGGUGGCCAACUCUGCCUACAUCUCAGCCCGCGGGAGCUUUGAUGGCACUGCCAACCCUGCAUCCAACCGAGGCAGGAAGUACCACUCCCGCCUGAAGCUGCCUCACAUCACAGUGUGUGCAGGCCUGCGGGAGACUUUAGAUCUGGGCUUCCACACAGUCUGUGUGGAGCAGCCCAUCGGCAAACGUCUCUUCCAGGAGUUCCUGGACUCCAACAAAGACUAUAAAGGCCCCUGCCGCCUGUGGAAGGAUAUUGAGGAAUACAACAUGGCCGAGGAUGAGGAUCGAUCGAAGAAAGCCAGCAAGAUCUUGUCCCGCUACAUGGAGCCUGACGCAAAGUAUUUCUGCACCAUCCUGCCAGAAAACGGCAUCACAAAGGUCAAAGAGAAACACCAAGAGGCCGGGGAUGAGCUUUUCAGUGAGACCAUGGACAAUGUGAUGGGCUUUCUCAAGGAAGCGCCCCACACUUUCUUCCUGGAGAGUAUGUAUCUGAAAAGGUUUCUGCAGUGGAAGUGGUUGGAGAUGCAGCCCAUGGGUGAGGAUUGGUUUUUGGAUUUUCGUGUUUUGGGGAAAGGGGGUUUUGGGGAAGUGUCUGCCUGUCAGAUGAAGGCCACGGGGAAACUGUACGCCUGCAAAAAGCUCAACAAGAAGAGGCUGAAGAAGAGAAAAGGCAAUGAGCGGGCUAUGGUGGAAAAGCGGAUCCUGGCUCGAGUUCACAGCAGGUUCAUUGUCUCUUUGGCGUAUGCCUUCCAGUCAAAAACAGAGUUGUGUCUGGUCAUGACCAUCAUGAACGGAGGAGACCUGAGGUAUCACAUUCAUAACGGGGAUGAGGACAACCCAGGGUUGGACAAGCCGCGGGCCUGCUACUACGCUGCUCAGAUCAUUCAGGGCCUGGAGCAUCUCCACCAGAAGAGGAUCAUCUGCAGAGACCUCAAACCAGAGACCGUGCUGCUGGAUAAUCAAGGUAACGUGCGUAUCUCUGACCUUGGUCUGGCUGUGGUAAAUAUUCGUAACUUUUAAAAGAACAAAGGAUUUUAUGGCUCAACUUUGCCCGCUUGUGGCCUGAUGCUGACACUGCAGUGAAAAAUGAAGCCCUCAUUUAACCAGCGGUGGAAGAAUUGGACUUGUGUUUUAAAUGAGAGGAAGAAAUGAAUCUCUCAUUCUUCUUUGUGCUGUUUCGAGGUGGAGAACAAGGUGGUGAAGAAGCGGAUUCUGAAUGAUCCAGUAACGUAUCCAGAGAAGUUCAAUGAGAAGGCGCGGUCCAUCUGUGAGGGUCUGCUGUUCAAAGAGGUCGACAAGAGGCUCUGCUUCAAGAACGGAUCAUGUGACGAGAUCAGGGCGCGCGCCUUCUUCAGCGAGAUCAACUGGAGGAAACUCAAUGCAGUGAAUCGAUCCUGGAGCAGCCGCCCCAUUCCUCCACCUGCACGCUGUCAUAAGACGACGAUGACCAAAGAGCACCAGGAAGAGAAACAUCCAGCUGUUAAUGAAAUAUUUCACAUGAACUGUUUGUCUGAGUCACUUUUUGUUUAGAUUUUUGUUUUCUGAUCAAUUCUAACCCUUGUUAACCUAUCAUUAUCAGACAAGAUUAGGGCGACUGUGGCUCAGUGG